CCUCCCGCGCCCGCACGCGUGCCUAUGGCCAGAGGCACCGGCACCUGCAGGAAAGAUAUUGCUGAUCCUGUAACAUGGAGGAUUGCCUUCAUACCUCAUCUGAGAAUCUAUCCAAAUUGGUCAGCUGGGCCCACAGCCAUGGAACCAUUUGCAGCCUCAUCCCAAACCUGAAACAUUUGCUCUCAGAAGGUUCCCAUGGGAACCUGACAGCGAUGUGGGGCUGUAGCGCCGGCCAUGCUUACCACUGGCCACUGACCGCUACCUGCAGAGCUGGCUCCCAAGAAAGGGUCUGCUUCCAGGAUAAUAGAAGUUUUAACUCCGACAGUCCAAGUAUCAUUGGCGUACCCUCAGAGACACAAACUAGCCCUGUGGACCGGUACCCUGGUAGAGCAGUGAAAGCAAAAUUGGACUGCAAUCGGACCAGAGACUCCUGCGACUUCUCUUAUUGCAGUGAGCCCUCUGAACUGGACGAAGCUGUUGAAGAGUAUGAAGAUGAAAACACCCUGUUCGACAUGGUUUGUGAGUCUUCCGUUACAGAUGAAGAUAGUGAUUUUGAACCCCAAACCCAGAGGCCUCAAAGCAUUUCUCGCAAAAGACCCGGAAUAAUUCCAUCAACUCUUCAUUCCAGCUCCCAGACUCAGCUGGUUGACGACUGUGGCAAUGAUGUCAUCAUUAAGAAAAUAAAACAGGAGAUUCCUGAAGAUUAUUACAUCGUGGCCAAUGCAGAGCUGACGGGAGGAGUUGACGGACCUGCCCUGUCAUUGACACAAAUGGCCAAACCCAAGCCCCAGUCUCAUGCUGGUCCCUCCUGUGUGGGGUCUGCUAAAUUGAUUCCCCACGUCGCCUCGGCCAUCAGCACAGAGCUUGACCCACAUUGCAUGUCUGCAUCCCCCUCUGUGAUGUCCAGACCAAUCGUCCAAAAGACUGCCAGGGUUUCUCUGGCUUCCCCAAAUAGAGGAGCUUCAGCUGGCCAUGGCACCAGCCAACAGGCAUCCAUGCAGGUGCCAGUGAGCACAUCCCAUCCUAACAAGCAGAUAAGCAUCCCUCUGUCUGCCCUGCAGCUGCCUGGACAGGACGAGCAAGUCGCUUCUGAAGAGUUCCUGCCCCAUCUUCCUAGUCAGGUCUCCUCCUGCGAAGUUGCCCUUUCCCCCUCUGUGAACACAGAGCCAGAAGUGAGCUCCAGCCAACAGCAGCCCUCAGUCGCUCCAACCAUCACAACUGAGGCCACAGCACAGUGCAUACCAGACCAGGAUGAAAGAGCAGCUGAGCUCAGCAGGGAGCAGAAUGAGAAAACCAUCCGGAGCACACAGACUGCUCUCCGCAAUUUCCGAGAGUUCCUCAUCUCCAAGUACCCCUCGGAAACGAGAGAGAUCUAUGUCAUCCCCUGCAAGGAGCUGGAUGCCUACCUGGCCUCUUUCUUUGUGGAUGCCAGGCAGAAGGAUGGGUCCGAAUAUGAACCCAACAGCUUGGCCAAUUACCAGUGUGGACUGGAGCGAUACCUCAAAGAGCACAGGUAUGGCUACAGCAUCACCCGGGACAAGGAGUUCAAGCGCUCCCAAGAGGCCCUCAAACAGAAGCAGAUCGAGCUCCGCUGCAAAGGGAAAGGGAACAAACCGCACAAGUCCAUGAAGCUCACGUUCGCUGAUGAACUCAUUCUGCGGAAACGGGGCCUGCUCAGCCGCUAUAACCCCGAGGGACUGCUCAACCUGGUGUGGCUCAACAACACGAAAGCCUUCGGGCACUGCACCGGCUUCCACGGGUCGACCUUGAAGUGGGGGGACAUCCGCCUGCGGGUGGCAGAAACGGGGCUAGAAUACCUGGAGUGGAUGGGGCAAGACACCGGCGACCUAAAUGCCAAAACCAAGCGUGGCGGCACAGAUUCCCGUGUGUAUGCCACCCAGCACGCCCCGCAGACCUGCCCCGUCCAGGACUACAAGGAGUACGCCCAGCGGCGGCCCCCUGCCAUGCGCUACGAGGAUGCCCCCUUCUACCUGUCCAUUAAGCCCGUUGUGAACCUGGCGGCGCUGCACUGGUACAACUGCCAGGCUCUGGGCAAGAACAAGCUGGCCAAGAUGGUGAAGACCAUGUGCGAGAAGGGCAAUAUCCCUGGCAGGAAAACCAACUUCAGCGUCUACCAGAGCUGCAGCACCUUGUCGGAGGCGCAGAGCAACCAGCUGGUGCUUAUCUGUAACAACCUGAGCCAGCAGGCCGCCCAGUCUGUGGCUGGUCACUCCAACAGCGGCAAUUUCAUCGUCUCUGCCUCCUAUGACUCUUCCUCCGACACUGCCUGA